UCUGUCGGUCUGGGUUUUACCCAUCAAAUCUUCAUCACAUUCGGUCAUAUAUCAUCACUGUUUUCCAUCACUACCGCCUCUGUCAUCGCCUGUUUUUCGAUCCAGGAUAAUUAUCCGCCUCUUUACCGUAGAGUGGUCCACUAUCUGUGUUUCAGCAGCAGAAAUGGACAACAGCUCAACGACUUGUCCGUUUGACACACAGGGCUACAGUUCAGCAUUUAAGCGGAAACGGACAGUGGAAGAUUUCAACAAGUUCUGCACUUUUGUGCUUGCAUAUGCCGGUUAUAUUCCUUACCCACAGGAGGAGGCGCACUUGAGGAACAGCUGUAGUCCUCCUAACAGCACCGGCAGCACUGCAGACAGCGACGGAUGGGAGAACCAGAGGCUGGGCUGCGGCCUCUCAUCUCCGGACGAGCCCCCGCCGAAAAACCGCAAGAGCUUCGCUGGAUUCAAAAGACCCACGAGCGAGGAUUCAGAGCCUCAGAAGCGUCCGAAAUCAGCAGGUCUUCUGCUGGAGGGUCGAACGAAAGCCGACAAGGUGAAAAAGAAGAAGAAGCUGAGAAAGUGUAAGAAUGAGGAAUUGAGAUCUUUACUCCCAUUUACUUCUACCAGUUUCGAAGGGGAGAUAUCCAAUUAUGGAUGUACCAUCAAAGAAGAACCGGAAGAUUACCUUAGCAUCCCCGUACCCACCGCCGACAUGUAUAGAGACCAGUCAACACACACUGGGACAUGUUCAAAACCUGCCUCGGGUUCACAGGCCACCGCAAUAUGCAAAGAGGAGCCUGAUGUGGGACGUCCUUGCUGGAACAGUUCUAAAAGCUCAAGUCCAAAGUGGGAGGAUGUCGAGAAGCCCUUACAAACUCAAGAAGAGGCAGUAGUCUUGAAGGUAGAAGGUUUUCCUGGUAAAAGGACUGUGGUCCGUCAGGGGAAACAGGUGGUGUUUCGAGAUGAGGAUGGAUCGGGGGAUGAUGAGGACAUCAUGGUGGAUUCAGAUGAUGACUCCUGGGACCUAGUGACAUGUUUCUGCAUGAAGCCAUUCGCCGGGCGGGCAAUGAUCGAAUGCAACCAGUGCAACACCUGGAUCCACCUCUCAUGUGCCAAAAUCCGCAAGUCCAACGUCCCCGAGACGUACAUCUGCCAGAGAUGCAAAGACUCAAAGUUUGACAUUCGCCGCUCCAAUCGCUCAAGAGUGGGCUCUCGAAAACACCUUCUGGACUGAUGCCGCUCUUCUCGUUCUGCUCAUCCACAUGUAAAGAGAAACUCGUAGAAAAGUCUUCUUGAAAACGAGACUCAACAAGUUCAGAAGUGGAAGGGAUCAGUGACCUGCUUGCUUCACCUGUUUUUGUUUGUGUUUUUAAUAUUUCUCACUUUCCUAAAUGUUUGCGUCAGGGACUCAAUACUAGGAUGAUGCAUUAACUGGAGCAGAUUUCUGCCGGACAGACAGACAGUUGCAGUUGUGAUGGUACACAGCUGAAGUUGUGCUGGAAAGAAGGGACUGAGGUGUCGGAUUGCACUUUUUUAAGAACAAAGGGGUAGCUAGAGAUUUCCCUUUGUACCCAUAGCUUUCAAAAGUAUGUUUUUUUUGUCAAAGUAUGUAUAUUAUAUGAAAUAUCCAUAAUAUAUUAGUGUUCAAGGUGUUUAGACUCAUCAUUUUGUGUGGAUCUUUUCCGAGACCUCCACAUGUGUAUGAGCGAAAGAGUUCUGUUUGUUGGAUAAAGUCACUGAUGAUUUGGAGUGAAACAUCAGAAAUGGUUCUUGCUACAUUGUGGUACAGUAUUUCUUGAUUUUUAUUUUUUACUUUUGGCAACAAACUUGUGAUUAGAGACUAUAUGCGUCAUUUCUAUUUCUUGAUUUAUAAAUCCUGAUCAUUUGUGCAUUUUCUGGCAUUCAUUUUUUGCAUGUAAUGUUUUACUAAAAAGGUUGAUCUUUUUGUCAUUUUGUUUUUCUCCAAGAUGAUGUUUAAUAUCUUAAUUAUGAUCAUUACGUGAGUCAUUACAGGUUAGGGAAGGGAUGGAUAUUCUUACUGGGUGAAUCUCACAAAAACACAUCCAGGUCACAUUUCACCCCAUGAGUAUUUGUAUGUUCUCUGGUGAUUCUAUUUAUAUUGUAAUUUCUGAAAGAAAGAAUUUAGCUUAUAGUUUUCUCGUGAAAAUAGUAAUAAUGCACAUUUUGUGGAUAAAUAUCACUUGGGCAUGUUCUUGUCAGGUUUUGUGAGAUUCUAUGUACUGCCAAAGGGAAGAAUAUUGUUGCCUGCAUAUGCUGAAAUGCCAAGGUUUACUUAGUAGUAGUCAUAUUUGCAUUCAAAACACUGAAGUGUUAUUAUCUGGUCCACAGAUCUUGGCUUUUCAGCACUUGCUGGCGGAGCUUGCAUUCAGAGAAAUCAUUCAUAAGGGUUUAAUUCUUGUUAACCACUGGGACCGGUUUAACCUGGAUGAUAAUCAGUUAGUCUGUUUUCAUGUUCAUAGGCAUGCUAAGAUACAAAAAAUGUGUGAUUGGUCCACUCCCAUCACAAAAAGCAUAGGUUUGUUUCUUAAAGACAUUUUUUUUAUAUACAAGUCUUCUACAAGUAGGUUUUCAUCUUCAGAGUGAACUGUUCUUUUAGAUGAGACAAACACUGCAGUUAAUUUAAUAUGAAUAUUUUGUUAUGUUAGCUGUCUGCAUACUUGAGCAUAAAUCCCUUUUUUUUAGAUUAAGCCAUAAAAAUGUGGUCCAUAUUUCCAAAGUAAAUCCAUUUUGUCUAUGAUGUUUUCUAAACAUAUAUGCACACACACACACACAUAUAGGAGACCAAUAUUGCCGAUAGUUCAUAAAAAUAUCAGAUAAUUUUUGAUACUGGCCUGGUCCUUUUUUAUGAUGAGUCAGUGGACAGUCUCCACAGUGAGUUUUUUUUUUUUUUUUUUUUUAAUGCACAUUAAAACUGGAUAUCCUUUAAAUUCUUACAUUGGAACAUUUUGUCUUCCUCUCAGAUGAGUUUGGGAAGGUGUUAAUUUGUUGGCCUUGAAUGAACAAGCUAGCUUUUCAUUGUUUUGUGGGAAAAAAGUGUAACUUGUAAAUUGAAUAGCUUAUAUUGAUGCUUUCUUCUUUUUAUCAUUUAACAUUUAUGAUGGGAUCAUGUAUGAUGGUUCUGUACAUUUUGUUUUGUACAAUCAAUGUGUUUAUGUAGUAUGGCUGAUAUUUCAGGAAUGACUGUGUGCAAGAAGAACUGCCAAAGUUUGAGCUUGCACUGUUCCAGUCAGUCCAAUGAAAGAGAGAUGUUUCUGUGAAACUUUGUAAAUAAAGAGUUGAUUUUAUUGACAA